UCCCGAAUUCUGUCCAAGAAGCUGAGCAACUGCGGCCCUCUCCACCACCAUCAUCAUCCUCUCCAGAUUAUCUUCAUAAGCAUCCACCGGCCGGCAGACGCCUCCGGUAGCCGGUUGUAUCGUGGUUGGAUUCGUAGAUAGUAGCUUUUUGAAAAGCAGAGUUUUAAUCCCUAUUUGAGGAAGGUAGCAUACAAGCAUUAUGGAUCACGAGUCCAAAGGUAGAACAUGGAUUGGGAACAUAUACCACAAGUUUGAGGCUAUCUGCCAGGACGUUGAUGAUUUUGUGACUAAGGACAAUGCUAAAUAUGUAAAGAAUCAAGUGCAAACAGUUGGUGAAAGCAUGAGAACAUUAUAUUCUAAUGUGGUGCUUGAUUUUCAAUCUUCUUUGGAGGAUAUUAAACAAGCUAAAGUUCAGUCGGGGACCAUUGCACAAAAUAAUGCUCUAGGGAACAAUGCUAGAUAUAUGCUAGCUGACAAAGAAAAGCAGAGACAUGCCAGUGAAAGGGGAUCAUCUAAGGAGAAGGAUAAAGUUGAUUUUAGAAGUUGUGAUCCAGAUGAAGUGGACCAUCUGGGACAGCUCAGCCCUCCACCUUCUGCAGAUUUGUCCCAAGUAGCAGAAAAGGACUUGCGCAGGAGAGAAAUGAGUGAUGCUGCUUUCCACAAUAAAACAGAGAUGGUUCUUGAGGAGAAUGUCAAAAGAGAGGAUUAUUUACCAACUAGUAACUUGAAUUAUCCUAAAGAUGAAAAUUCAUCUGAAUUACCAUUAUAUUGGAGGGACCAGCAUCGACCAACUGAUAAUUUGGAGUUUCCUGUUGAUAAUUAUUUAUAUGGGCCAUUAGACAGUUUUAAUGAAGGAGAUCAGAGAAAGAGCUUCCAGGCUGGGUUUUCUCCAGAGGUUUUAGUUGAGGAUGUGGAGCUUAGAACAUCUGGGGAGGACUAUAUGAAAUGCAAUGGUACAGAUUUUUCUGAAGAAACAGAAACUUACUUGGUUUUUGAACAAGAUGGUGAAAAUGCAAUCAGCAAGGAGUCAAAGAUAUGUGCUGAAGACAAUGACACAGUUCAGGAGCGUCCAGCCUCUGAGCAUGCAAGUUCCUCUGAGGCUAAGAAUUUGUGGGAGUUAUUAUGGACACAGGAACAGCCAGAUUGUUAUGAUUCUUAUGCUUUGAAAGACAGAAGUACACCCAUGAGAUGUUCAUCUGAUGAUGAUAAAAAAUCUAUUGAUCUGGGGAAAUGUUCUCCAGAAAUUUUGGUUCCUGAUAAUGUGCUUGGAAUUGAUCCAGUUGAACAUUUAGCAGAUAGUAAUGCAGAUCCUGCUGAGGAAGCAGUAAAAAGCCUGACUUUAGAACAUAAUGGUUCUGCAGGAUCCACAAAACAUGGUAUGGGUCUUGAAGAGAACGGCAGAAAGGAGAAUCUGGUGGUUGAUGACAGAAGUUACUCUAGUUAUGGAAGUUCAUUCGAUUUUUCAUCACAUCCAAGGGAGGAGCAUUCUAAGGCUGCGGACUCAAAUUCUCUGCUGGAUAAAGGUUUGUGUGAAUCAUUACAUGCUUCCAUGAAUGAAGAAUAUUGGCCAACCAUUCAGGCAAAGUCAUCACCAGAAACUUCACUUAAUGAUGAAGGGCUCAGAGCUUCUCAAGAAGAAGAGGGAGAAUGUAAUAGACCAUCUUGUUCUAAUGAAACUGAAACUGAAUCUGACUUUUCUUUAGAUGGAUACUGCUCAUGCAUGUCCUCUAAUUUCGAUGUUGAGGAGAAUGGCUUUGGGGAGAAACAUGCAGCUCCAGAAGUUUUAGGGUGUCCUGGACAUAAUAGUAUAUUUGAGUCAUACUUAUGUUCGAGCAAGCUGCAUGUGGAAAAUGACGACUUCAGUUCUCAAAAUGGUGAAAGUUCACCUGGAUUGUCACCAAUUUCUAGGAAAGAAGACCAUAUAAUUACAAACUCUGCUAAGAUUUCACCCGUUAGUUCAGUUAAUGAUGCUGGGGUUAGAGCCUUCCUGAAGAAUGAGACAAUAUGCAAUUCACUUUCAGAUGUUUUGAGCACCAACCUAUCAUCUGAACUGGUUUCUUCAGAUACUUGUUGGGAGCUUAAAGUAGCUCAGACAGAACCUUCAAAUUAUACUGCAUCAACCGAACUUUUGGAUCUGUUAGAACUUCCACAGGCAAAUUCUAGUCAGAAAAUAGAGGAAGUCUGUUUUGAUGACACUGAUUCCACUGAUUGUUCGUCAGCGCUCUCCAGCAUUUCCUGUGCAUCCUUCUCUGAUUUGACCUCUGGUAACACAGCUGUAAGUGGGAUGCCUGCUUUCCCUAUGACUACCUAUCAACAACCCUUCACAGGGAUCUUUGGUGUCUCUGCUAAUGAUAUUGAUGAUGCCGAAAUGGAGACAAUCGAUCUGUCUGAUGAAGUAAAAGUUGAGGACAGUUGUGUCAUCAUGGUUAAUGAAAUACUCCAUGCUGUCUCAUGCAGACCAAGAAAAUUUAGAUCAUUCAAGAAACUGAUUCAGGAGGCUUUUGCUUCAAGAAGGAGAUUAAUCAAGGAGUAUGAGCAGUUGUCAAUUCGGUUUGGUGACAUUGAGGCAGAUACCAGCUUCCAUUCAGAGCAGUUACUUUCACCUUACAUGCCAUCUGCAUCAAGACCUUCACAAGCACAUGAUUUGGGUGAGUCAGAGUGGGAGCUUCUGUAAGGUUCAUUGAUCCUUGGUUGCAACUAUGCAGCCAAAUGGGCUCUACACAUUUCUUCCCUAGGCAGGUCUCUGUAAUGAAUCUCAAGCUGUCCUACGUCAAUAAGGGGGUUCAGAUUCUUUUAAAGUCUGCUGAAGCAACUAAAAGUAAAUAACACAAUCAUACAUUUUCUCCAAACCAUGAGCUGAUGGUUUUUCUUGCAAUAGCCCAGCAUUGACAACGCCUGAAUCAUAUAAAUGAAAAUGUACGA